ACUCUGGAGUUCUGAUCUCCCAUAUAUAUCUAUCGACGUUAGUCGUAUUGCCUUGGAGCAGCUAAGCUUGAACAUUACAGUUCUCGAGUUUGCACUCACCAAAAACUCUCGAAUUAUAUUGUAGUGAUCAGAUCGUUGCUUGACCUGCAAAACAAACAUGACAACGCAGGCCGGCGACAAGGUGAGGCUGGAAACGACGGCGAGCACGAAGUCGAUUCCACGGGCCACGAGGCGCGAGGAGUACGCCGUGCUGGUGCGUGUGACUGCAGCUCCUGGAGCAGUCAGCGCGCGCGCCGAUGGCGUGGACCUCGUCGCCGUGCUCGACAUCAGCGGGAGCACGAGCGAGGAGGAGGGGCUGGAGCGCAUGAAGCAGGCCAUGGUGUUCGUCAUCGAUAACCUUGGCCCGGACGACCGCCUGUCCGUCGUGUCGUUCGACGACCAGGUUCAGCGCCGCACGGAGCUCAGCCAGAUGUCGGAGGGAAACAGGGCCGUCGCGAGAGCAGUGGUUGACAAACUGACAGCGGCGCCAGCGGGAGGAGGCGGUGUCAAUACGACCGGCGCGACGGAGGAAGCCGCGAAGAUCCUAGCACAGCGUGGAGAAGACGAGAAUACAAACCGUGUCGGGCGAAUCAUCUUCCUGUCAAACGGCGGCGACGACGACGACGGAGAUGUCGCCGAUCCUGGGCAGAAGCAAGACAGCCUUACCAGCCCUGACCUGGAGCUGUCAGCGGAGGCCUUCGGUCUGGGAGCCGACGACAGCCUAAGUGCCCUGAGUUACGGCGCUGGCAAAACCUCCGGCGUGUACUCGUAUGGCAAGCAGGACGUGGACAACAUCAAGGAUGCGCACACCCACGGCUUCAUGUCGGUCGACGCCGCUCUGGGCGUGCAGAUCGACCUGCAGGCGCAAGAAGGCGUGGCGAUUUCCGCGCUUGGUUCUGGCGGCCACCGGGUGAGCGUGGGCACCGGCGUCAGAGGGUCCGUCACGAUAUACAUCCACGACCUCUACCCCGGCGAGCACAAGAGCUUCAUCGUGUACCUGACGGUCCCGGAGGACGAGGAGCGCCUCCUGACGGUCGGCGGACUGUACCGGGACCCCGACCACGGCGACGAUAUCCAGUUUGACGACACUGAGGUGUCCGUCCUGCGUCCGGAUGACGCGGGCACGGACGAGACUAUCUGCCCUGGGGUGGCGGCAGAGCUCGAUCGGGCCCGCAGGCUGGUGAAUUUGGCCAUGGAAGCCAAUGCCAAGCCGAUACCCAUGCUGGAGCUUCCCCAGGAGGAUGAAGGAGGGGUUGUUGAAGAGACCAUCCCAGACGAUAAAAAGCCAGACAACGUCCCAGAGACGUUGGAGAUCCCGGUCCUGGUGACUGAGCGAGAGGAUUUCACAAACCAAGCUAACAAAGAAAAGGAAGAAGAGGGCAAAUUAGGCAAGGUGGAAAUUAUCUGGGUUAGCAAUAACCCGUACUACUCCGGCCUUAUCUUCGCCGCCACAGUGCUGCUUCUCGGGGCGGCCAUGCUUCUCACGUCAAACGGCGGCCAGAAGAGAGCUAGAACUAGCCUCGUUGACAUCUCUCAGCAUCCUGGUUGGCCCAAGAUGGAGAAGUCCCUUGGGCUGGCCAUGGCCAAAAAAGUGGAGGACUCCGGGAUCACCUCUUCCUUGCACGGUGUUUCCGUCGAGGACAUGAGCCGCACCAUCAUCACAUACAUCCACCUGGCUCUGGUGCACGCCAGUGGAAUCACUCGGCUGGAACAAAGGGUCCAAGUGCUCGAGGCGGAGAAGGAGGAGCUGCGCGUCAUGGUCGAGGCAGUCACGGAAGAGAUAGCGGAGGAGGAGAUGGCGACGUCCGUGGCUUGCAGGGACAAGAAUGAGGCGGCGGUGGAGCGUGCCCACACGAGGAUCGUGGAGCUGGAGCAGCAGCUGCAGGGCAAGAAGGCCUUCGCGGAAAGCCUGAGGUCGGAGGUAGCCAACACCGACGCGCACCUUGUGAACUGCAGCCACACCGUCGAGAUGCUGGAGGCCAAGGUCAGGGAGAUGGAGGGCGCACAUCCCAAUAUCAUUCAUAGCCGGUGAUCGUUUGACCGAACAAGAGUACAAGAAGAAAUGUUUACACGUAGGUACAUUAGUAUCCUACCAGCCUACUAUCCUAGUAGCGAUCUAAGCACAUGGUCAAACUGCAUUAUCCCUUCUCUCUCCUGUGAUUCGUGAUUACUUUCAGCACGUCAGAGGUUCGGCAAGUCAGAAGAAUAUACGGAGAUAAAAGAAGAAGAUAAGAUUCCUUGGAACUUUGUUUUU